AUGGGUGCCGCCGCCGCCGAGCCCCCCCGCGCCGCGGGCCUGGUGUCCAGCGUGCUGAACGACACGCUCGAGUUCUACCGCUGGACCUGGAGCAUCCGAGACAAACGUGUCGAUGAUUGGCCCUUGAUGCAGUCUCCAUUUCCAACACUGACUAUAAGCACUAUUUAUCUCCUCACUGUUUGGCUGGGCCCCAAAUGGAUGAAGACAAGAGAGCCCUUCCAGUUACGUUUCCUGUUGGUUGUUUACAACUUUGGAAUGGUUCUACUCAACUUCUUCAUUUUCAAAGAGCUGUUUUUAUCAUCAAGAGCUCGAGGGUACAGCUAUGUCUGCCAGACUGUGGAUUAUUCAGAUAAUGUUUACGAAGUUAGGAUAGCUGCUGCUUUAUGGUGGUAUUAUGUCUCGAAAGGAAUUGAAUACCUAGAUACAGUGUUCUUCAUCCUGAGGAAGAAAUUCAACCAAAUUAGUUUUCUUCAUGUCUAUCACCAUUUCACCAUGUUCACUUUGUGGUGGAUUGGUAUUAAGUGGGUUGCAGGUGGACAAGCUUUUUUUGGAGCUCAGAUGAAUUCAUUUAUUCAUGUUAUUAUGUACAUGUAUUACGGAUUAGCUGCCUGUGGCCCUAAAGUUCAGAAAUAUCUGUGGUGGAAACGGUACUUGACUAUAUUGCAGUUGGUGCAGUUCCAUGUGACUAUUGGCCACACAGCUUUGUCUAUUUAUAUUGAUUGUCCUUUUCCUAAAUGGAUGCACUGGGGUGUAAUUUUCUAUGCUAUCACCUUCAUUUUCUUGUUUGGUAACUUCUACUAUCGGACAUAUAAGCUGCCCAAGGAACCUGUAAAGAAUGGCAAAAUAGCAAACGGUGCUGUUGCAAAUGGAGUAAGCAAACCAGAAAAUAAUCCAGUGGUGGAAAAUGGAAAAAAGCAGAAAAAGGGAAAAGCAAAAGGAGAGUAACUUGAUCCAGGCCUUAACCAUUGAUGGCUGUGAGGAACCUACAGUUUGGUUUAUAAAAGGAAGAAAAAAACACUAUCUGUACCAAUUAACCUUAGGUUACUGAAGAGCUAGAACACAGAUAUUUUCAUUAUUUAUGAAGAUUGUUUUAAGAACAAAACUUAAAGUUGAAUUUCUAUUGUAAUUAUGUAAUUAUCAUGCAUAUGAUCUCUGUGUAAACUUGUAGACUGCUGGUGUUGGUGAAUGUAAGGAAGAAUUGCAGUUAAUUCUAUGUUUAGCAGUCCAAAAGUUAAAACUACCAUUGAUGCAACCAGCUUUGUUGGCACCCACAUUUCUCUGGGGAAGGGAGGGGGGAAGGAAGUAGCGUUUGAAUACUUGUGUUUUCUUUCCAGAAAUUUAUUAAAUUUCAAUUUACAAUGUAUUA